GUGAAAGGGGAGAAAAGAGGGCGGGAAGGACCGCGGAUUUUGCUAGGGUUUGCGGUUUCUGCUUCACACUGCCUCCUCAGUCCUCACCACCACAGCCGUCGCGCGCAGGAGGUUUGGGAGGAUGCCACGUAAGAUCACCUUGGUCAAGGAGGGGGAGCCGCAGCCGGUGGACGCUGCUCAAGGGGAGCCCGCUCCGGCACCGGCGGCACCGACGGCCGCGUUGACGGAGGCGGAGGUGGACGAGCUGCCCAGGGCCAUCGUGCGCCGCCUUGUCAAGGACAAGCUUUCCCACGUCGCCGGUGGGGAAGGAGCCGAGGUCAUCGUCAACAAGGACGCCAUGGCCGCGUUCGCCGAGAGCGCCCGCAUCUUCAUCCACUAUCUCUCCGCCACUGCCAAUGAUAUGUGCAAGGAAUCAAAGAGGCAGACCAUCAACGCUGAUGAUGUCCUCAAUGCUCUUGAUGACAUGGAGUUUUCGGAGUUUGUAGAGCCCCUUAGGACUUCACUGCAAGAGUUUAGAAACAAAAAUGCAGACAAAAGGUCAGAAGCAAAGAAACAACAGAAGGAAAAGAGAAGGAAAUUAAAUGAAGAGACACUUCCGCAGAAAGAAAAUGAUCCAGCUGAUGAUGCCAAGGAGAAUGGAGUAGCUUAAUCGCAAGAAAAAUGAAGAAUGAAUACAAUUAACUUCUCUGCUGGAGGGGCAGUAACACGCAGAAUCAAAACCAUGGCAGUAUUUGUUGGUAGUUGUAUUUGCUUUUGCUCCAUGUAGCCUCUACUCCAAAACACUUUCUUGACUUGAUAUGAUGCUGUAUAAUUCUAGUGUCCUAUCAGUUUUCAGCUUGCUUAUGGUGCAAUUAAAAUUCUAUGUGCCUGAUGAAAUUGUUCUUAUGAAUGAAGAAUGAUACCAGCACUAUGUUCGUUGGC